AUGCUGAGCUCCCGGGCCGAGGUGGCGAUGACUGCGGCCGACAGGGCCAUCCAGCGAUUUUUGCGGGCCGCGGCGGCGGUCAGAUACAAAGUCAUGAAGAACUGGGGAGUUGUCGGUGGUAUUGCUGCUGCACUUGCAGCAGGAAUAUAUGUUAUUUGGGGUCCCAUUACAGAAAGAAAGAAACGUAGAAAAGGGCUUGUUCCUGGCCUUGUCAACUUAGGGAACACAUGCUUCAUGAACUCCCUGCUGCAAGGCUUGUCUGCCUGCCCUGCUUUCAUCAAGUGGCUGGAAGAGUUUACAAGCCAGUACACCCGGGAUCAGAAGGAGCCCUCCCCACACCAGUAUUUAUCCUUAACACUGCUGCACCUCCUGAAAGCUUUGUCCUGCCAGGAAGUUACUGAUGACGAGGUCUUGGAUGCAAGCUGCUUGUUGGAUGUCUUACGAAUGUACAGAUGGCAGAUCUCUUCAUUUGAAGAACAGGAUGCUCAUGAGCUCUUCCACGUCAUUACCUCGUCGUUGGAAGAUGAGCGAGACCGGCAGCCCCGGGUCACACAUCUGUUUGAUGUGCACUCUUUGGAGCAGCAGUCAGAAAUCACCCCCAAACAGAUAACCUGCCGCACAAGAGGGUCACCUCACCCCACGUCCAGUCACUGGAAGUCUCAACACCCUUUCCACGGAAGACUUACUAGUAAUAUGGUCUGCAAACACUGUGAACACCAGAGUCCUGUUCGAUUUGAUACCUUUGAUAGCCUUUCACUAAGUAUUCCAGCUGCCACAUGGGGUCACCCACUGACCCUGGACCACUGCCUGCACCACUUCAUCUCAUCAGAGUCCGUGCGGGAUGUGGUGUGUGACAACUGUACGAAGAUUGAAGCAAAAGGGAUAUUGAAUGGGGAAAAGGUGGAACACCAGAGGACUACUUUUGUCAAACAGUUAAAACUAGGAAAGCUCCCUCAGUGCCUGUGCAUCCACUUGCAGCGCCUGAGCUGGUCCAGCCACGGCACGCCCCUGAAGCGGCAUGAGCACGUGCAGUUCAACGAGUUCUUGAUGAUGGACAUCUACAAGUACCACCUCCUCGGACAUAAGCUCGGCCAACACGAGCCUAAACUGAACGACGGCGCGGGGCCAGCAUUAGAGCUGCAGGACGGGCCGGCCGCCCCCAAGCCAGUUCUGAAUCAGCCAGGGGCCCCCAAAACACAAAUGUUUAUGAAUGGUGCCUGCUCCCCAUCUUUACUGCCGACCCUGCCGACCCCGAUGGCGUUCCCUCUCCCAGUGGUUCCUGACUACAGCUCCUCCACGUACCUCUUCCGGCUGAUGGCAGUUGUCGUCCACCACGGAGACAUGCACUCUGGACACUUUGUGACUUACCGACGGUCCCCGCCUUCGGCCAAGAACCCGCUCUCAACCAGCAGCCAGUGGCUGUGGAUUUCUGACGACACUGUCCGCAAGGCCAGCCUGCAAGAGGUCCUGUCCUCCAGUGCUUACCUGCUGUUCUACGAGCGAGUCCUCUCCAGGAUGCAGCACCAGGGCCAGGAGUAUAAGUCUGAAGAGUGACCGCCCAGCCCCAGAGCUAGAGCCAAUGGAACCGCCACACUGUUCAGGAACAAAGCAAAAUCAUACUCUGUGUGUUAUGCAGGCAGCCCCACUAGAGUCCUUCAGCCUUCCGCCGUGUUCUAAGAGCAGGCUCCACACAGGGCCAGCGCCCCGAUCCUGACCAGUCAGGCGCCCUGCACAGCUCUGCGAGCGUGCGCCCUGAGAGUGUUGUCGUCCUGGUAGGAAAGCAUCCGUUACGUCUAGGGAGCCUUUUUACCAGCUAUACAGGUAAUUAAAAAGAAAUCAAACUCCAGAGCCCUUUUUUCUAUUCUAAUAUGUUAGGUGUUUUCCGAGGGGAGUCAUACUUUGGCUAAUCCUCUGAUGUUUCAGUACAGCUCUUUUAUUUUUUAAUGAGCAGGCCCAUAAAAAUGGUUGACAAGAAUCAGUGGAGUUUAAUUUAAAGGCAACAACUUAAGAAAAAGUGCCUUUCACUUUCGACUGCUUUUGUAGCCCGUCCAUUCUGGAAAAUAGACAUGACCUAGAAGUCAUAUAAACAAUUGUUGAAAAGUUCUCUUCCCUCAGUUACUCAGCAGAGAGCAAAAGAACAGUUAAAAGAUGCCUGAAGAACACAUGCCUUCCCUUUUUGUAUGUCUUUUUCUAAUCUCUCAAUUCUUUAUAUGUGGUAAAGACACAUCUGCCAAACCGGCCCCUCGGGGAGAUUCUUUCACUACUUUGUCAUUUCGAAGUGAACUGCUUACCUGUUGCUUUUAUCUUUUGUAUAUGGACUCUAGGAGAGGUGAUUAUAUUAUAAACCUGCGUGAACAGCCAGAAGUGAGCCCUUCUGUGCAACACCUGUGCCUCCUCUGCUCCAUAGAAAACUUGUUCGUACCCUGGGAUCCAUUGUGGACGGCUGUGUUCAUCUGUUUAUUUAUUGCGCAUGGAGAGCCCUUAAGGUUGGAGCCGGGGGCUGCAUAAAAAGUCAAUCCCUGCCUUGAUCUGAGCGCUGGAUCAGGAGGGACGGGCACAGACCAGGGGGCUGCAGCUUCUCUGGACCUCAGUUUCUUCAUUUGUAAAGAGAGGGGGUUACAUUUGAUGGACAUCAAAGCCCAGCCCUUCCCACAAAAAGAAGAAAGAAGGCUUUAUUUUUAAACAUGUAGCUACAGCUGACAUCUUGUACUGCUUUUCAACUGCUCAUUUUGUUAUAUGACCAUAUUUUAAAUUUCUCUUCAUCGUUUCCAGUAGCCUAAUAUAAAAAGAAUAUAUUGAGCAUUUUCCUCCCUUUUCAGAUGUCUCGUGAAUGCAACCCAGGGCUGAAGGAAUUUUGAUU